AUGGCGGUCUCCCUGGAGGAGGCCGCGCAGUUGCGCGAGGAGCACGCCAAGAUGGUCGCGACGCUGCAGGAGGAGCGCGACCGGCGAGCCAGCGAGCAGGAGAGGUUGAAGGAGCGCACGCGCGACACGUUCCAGCAGCUGAAGGACCGGUGCAACGCCCAGGUGGCCGAUAUGAGGGGGAAGUUGGUCGAGGCAGAGGCCGAGUCUGGGCAAUUGCGGGGCCAGCUUCUGAAGCUGAACGACAAGCUGUUGGCUGCCGAGAGAAGCAAGGCUGACAGCAUCGAGGAGGUGGUCGGCAGGGCGCGGGACCAGCGUCAGGAGCUGGCAAAAGAUAACGACUGGCUGCGCAAGGCCUCCGAGGAGCGGGAUCAGCGCAUCUCGGAGCUGGAGGAGCAGCUGCAGCAGCAGGUGGAGCUUCUCGAGAAGGAGCGACAGCAGCACGGGUCGAAAGGCCCCGCCGCGGAAGAAGGAGGUGGAGCAGCUGAGCCGGCAGGUCUCGGAGCUGCAGGCGAGGUUGUUUGA